AUGAAGAUUGAGAAACGAGGAACUGUCGGUGAAGCGCUGCAGGAACACGAGCGUAGAGGGUAUACAGUGAUGAGACUCAUCACAAUUUACAUUGUAAGCGGUCUAAAGAACGUGCUCGUGUUGGAGAACGACCUGUGA